GUUCCGAGAGUCGGUUUUCUAGCGUGGCCGGGAGCCAAUCAGAGCAAGGGGGUAAUCAUCAAUGUCAAGUUUCUUCGACUUCGACCUCAACCUCCAGCACCUCUCUCCUGUACCAUCCCACUCCUCUCCCCACCCACCCCUCUCUCGCUUUGGCGAUACGGCACCCAUUCCCAAUCAUAUUCAAUUGCUUGGGUUAAACUUCGUCAUGCUGGGACGUUCGAUUUUGCGCGCGUCCAACCGGGCCAUCGCCCGCCAGUCCCUCGGGAAGUCCACGCGUGCCUCUUCCACCGCUGCCGGCGCCGAGGCCGCCAGCUCCCCCUUCUACCUCACACUCACUGCUGCGCUUGCAACUGCCGCCGCCGCCGGUUCCACCGCAUGGUACUACCACCUCUAUGGCCAGGAGGCCUUCGCCAUGACACCUGCUGAGGAGGGACUCCACGCCACUCAGUACCCUUGGGUGCACGAGCGGUUCAACAAGACUUUCGAUCACGCCGCUCUCCGCCGUGGUUUCCAGGUCUACCGUGAGGUUUGCGCCUCCUGCCACUCCCUCACUCGUGUCCCAUGGCGCUCAAUGGUUGGCACCAUGCACACCGUUGAUGAGAUGAAGGCCUUCGCCGAGGAGAACGAGUACGACACCGAGCCCAACAACGAGGGCAACAUCGAGAAGCGCCCCGGCAAGCUUUCUGAUUACAUUCCCGCUCCCUACCCCAACGAGGAGGCCGCUCGUGCCGCCAACGGUGGUGCUCUUCCUCCCGAUCUCAGCUUGAUCACCAAGGGCCGUCACGGUGGCUGCAACUACAUCUUCAACCUGCUCACCGGUUACCCCGAUGAGCCUCCCGCUGGUGCUGCCGUCGCCGAGGGCAUGAACUUCAACCCUUACUUCCCCGGUACCGGUAUUGCCAUGGGCCGUGUCCUGUUCGACGGUGUUGUCGAGUACGAGGAUGGUACCCCCGCCACCACCUCCCAGAUGGCCAAGGAUGUCGUCGAGUUCCUGAACUGGUCCGCCGAGCCCGAGAUGGACGAGCGCAAGAAGAUGGGUGUCAAGGCCGUUGUCCUCCUUACCGGUCUGUUCGCCGUCUCCGUCUGGGUUAAGCGCUACAAGUGGGCCCCUCUCAAGACCCGCAAGGUCGUGUACAGCCCCCCGAUCGGCCCCCGCCGUUAAAUGUUGCAGCAAGGCCUUCUUUGGGUGGGAAAACGUGAGAGGCUGAAGGGGCCGGUACGACCUGGGGAACCCAUAACACAUCCCCGGUUUUGAUACAGGUGCUUCAAAGAGGCCUCUCUGUUUCGUCAUUUUUGUGUCUAUCUAUUGGUCGCUGUGUCUGUGUUUUGUUAGAACGCUCCCCGAACACCUGUAUCUGUAUCCUAGAUAUAUUCUUUUUUUCAUUUCCUUUCGAAAACUGUGUGCUUCGAGGAGUCAUCUGAAUUUAAUUUCCUUUGUGAUUAUGACAGAUGAGACUAUUACAUAUAAGUCUCUGGAGUUGCAGUUUAUGUCUGUACUACUGUGCAUGUCUGUAUCAUAGGAAUAUGAUAUGGUAUCUUCUGCGACGUGGCAUUGAGAUGAGCGGUG